AACUUGCUAAACUUGCGCCUUUCAUUGAAUAACCCGGAGUGUUUUUCUUACGCAUGCGCUGUGAGGCCCGUCGAAGGGCCGAACAAAAACGGUUCGAAAGUAAAUCUGAUGUAUUUAUGUCAGAAAAAUGGUGAAAUCUGUGAAGUGGCUACUAGGAAUUAAGAUAUUCUUCAUUUCCAAUCAUGACCGAGGGAUAUGAGGAGACAUGGUUGGUGCGGGUGCGGGCACAAGUGAUGUGCAGGGACGAGGCGACGGGCGGCUGGCUGGCGCUGGGCGGCGGCGGGCUUGCCAACGUGUGCGUCGGGAAGAGGAAGGUGGACCGCGCCGCGCAGGGGGCUCAAGAUGGCGAUGAAGCCUCGGCCUCCACCUCCGCGCCCGCCCAGCUCCCGCGCCACUCCCCAGACGGCUUCGCGCCGCCGCCCAGGGAGAAGUACGAGUACUUCAUACACGGGGUGCGCAUCAGCGAUGAUACGGAGGUCCUAUCCUGCACCAUAAAGAAGGACUUCCAGUACAACAAAGUGAUGCCGACAUUCCACCACUGGGUGACGGAUGACAAGCGUUACGGCCUGACGUUCCAGACCGCGGCGGACGCGCGCGCUUUCGACCGCGGCGUUCGGACCGCUAUCGAGGAGCUGCUGCAAGGUCUGGGCGGGGCGUGGCCGUGUCUUCACGCGUAUAAAGUAGACAAACCCGAAGAAGAGAAGGAGAGAGAUAAGGAGAGGGAGAAGGAAAGAGAGAGAGAGGAGGAUGAGGAAGGCAACAUCUUCGAGUGUCUCAACCUGCCGUCGGAGUCGCGGUCCAGUUCAGAGGGUUCCUCAGCGGCGCGGGAGAGGCGGCUCGAAGACAUCAACCAGACGCCGAUACUGUCCGCCAUCACGCUGCCACGGCAUAGCCCUAGAUCAUCACUGAAGCGAUACGGGGGGUCGGGCGAGGGGGAGAGGAUGGGUGCUGAAGACGGGAGUUCUGACCAUUGCGCUUAUGUCCAGUUGUCAGCGCAUCACGAGUACACCUACCCCCAGGUGCCGGGCUCGGGGUCUCCCAACACCAAGCCACCGCUAAUGAGGAAGGACUCAGGCUCAAUGAAGAAGCGAGCCGUGACUGCGUUCAGCGACCCCCCGCCGCUGCCGGACAAGAAACCCAUCCGCACAGAACAGUUCCAGGCACGGCUGAAGUGCAGACACUGCCACGAGUGGUAUCUAGAGAGCGCGAACCGGCCCGGCGCCUGCGAGUUCUCUCCCGACCGCUGCCGGAGCUGUGUGGACACCGUGACCUGCAUCAAAUGCGCACAGUUCCCUCCGCAGUGUCUGCUGUACCACUGCAUGUCGGACUCGGAGGGCGACUACAACCAGCGACCCUGCGCCUGCGACGAAGUGACACAUAACUGCGCUAAACGCUGGCUCGGCUUAGCGCUCCUAAGCAUCUUAGUCCCUUGCCUCUGCUGCUACGCACCUCUGAAGUGCAUGCACCGCGCCGCCCGCGCCGCGCACCUCGCCGGGGGCUCCCACAGCCCCCAGUGACCCCGGAGGGAGGGUCCGGACAACCAGCCCGGACCCACACUCACCCCCAGGGAAUGUUCUGCACAACCUGAACGGAGACCCGCUGAGAUGGAAAUGACUGCUAUAAGAAGAGAUAGGCUUAGAGAAUCUAAAAGGUCCUGUUUGAGCGAAGGAACCAGGUCUCCGAGACAAGAGACGGUUAAAAAAGCAGCGAGUGAUCAAGAAGUGGCUCGCAGGAUGGCAGGGGAUAGGUUGUCUCCGGACGAGCCAGCGCUGGCUCGGGGUGGUAGAACAGCAAGCGGAGCAGUGGUCUACAGACGACUGUCAAGUGAGAACGAAUAUGAUGUGGAUAAAGAUAGUAAACGGUAUGAAGAGGUCACCUUAUCAGAUAACCUGAAAAGGGUGAGAGAUAAUCUAGAGAAUGUUGAAUUUAUUGACGAUGAUGAUGCUAAAGAGGUUGAAGCUGUUGCAUCCGUCAAAGAGGAAGAUAAUAAGACUCCAUCCAAUGAAGAAGGGUCACAGAAGGCUAUAACCACAGAAGCGAUAGUUUACGAACAACCAAGAAGAAGCCAGUGACAUGAGUAGGGCUGUGGCAAAGCUGAAUAAAUAACCAAUGCCAAUAGCGAUUAAGAGUAAUCCGUAAUUAAGCUUCUUUUUCUUAUUGUGACAUCGCAAAGGUAAAAUUAAAUUUAAUGCCAAUGUUUUUAUAUUUAGAAAAUUUAAAGUUGAAAAUUUAAUGUGCGUAAUAUUUUAUUAUUGUGUCUUCUACAAUGGUGGUACUGCUAUAGCGGUAUUUGCCAUUAAAAGCGUAGUUUUAAACAAGCUUGAUUAUGGACCCGAAAAUUUGAAAGGACUUUGAUUAGAUUUGGCAAAGGCACACCCUCAUAUGUGUCUUAAAAAAGGAAAUGCUUUGGAAGUGUUGUAAGUCAAAGAAGAGUGCUCAUGUACAACUAUUUCUAAACGGAUGUGGUUUUAAUGACGGAAAAAGAGAUAUUGGACUCUUUGGUUGAAAUAGUUUUAGAUGACUCGUGUAGAGUCUAUUUGGACGAAAGUGUUAAAGAAAUAGUUACAUGAUAACAAAAGGACAGUAAAUCGAUAAGUGUAGUUGAAAAAUUGACUGUGAAAAGUGUUAAGAACGGACAAGAUUGUGAAGGAAAUGCAAUGGACAUACUCAGUGUGAAGUCAUUUGUCUCAUUUAUUAUUAUAGGUGUAGAUGAAGAAUGUCUAUCCUUUUUGACUAUAGAAAUAAUGAAAUCGUUUUUUGUAUAGUCUUAAGUAUUUGCUUCUGCAUCUGACGUUAGGAUCAAAUAAACUUUUCCAUCUAUCAACAUUUACAAGGUUCCUUUUGGUCCUAACAAUGUAAGCUAUAUUUUUUUUUACACAAAUAAAUUAUAUUUUAUAUUUAGCUUUGGAACAAGAUCUGCUAAAAACCAUGACAAACAUAAGUAGACCUGUUUACUGACACAUCAUCAUAUAAGUUUUCUUCGUGUACUGUUAUGGGCAAACUUCUUGGCACGUUUUUAGCGUAGUGGGGCAAUAGAUUGAGUGACUAACCAAUCACAUUCAACUCAGAUUAUCUAUCACUUAGCAUACGAUCUCCCAUUCUGUACUAGACACCUAAACUUGGCUUCUGCCCAAAAAGUUUGCACAUAACUAUACCCUGUAUUCAUGAUAAAAACGUUUGUAUAGGUUUACCCAUACACUAAAAUAUUUAAUUCAAAUUGGUUCCGCGAAUAUAAAUCAAUCCAAUAGCUGCAAGUGUCAGUUAAAAUUAUGAGUGUCAGUUGUAUUUACCGUGCCAUAUUAUAAAAUUAUAUUUAAGUUUUACCUGGUUUUAGUCUUCCACGAAAUCUGAAAAAAACUGGCCAUGCUUUUUAAUCUGUUUAAUGUUUAAAUAUCGUUGGCUCUAUUUUGUAAUCAGCAAUCUGUGUUAUACCUAGUUAAAUUUAUGACUGUAAGUGAUUAUUGCUUGCCACUGUUAGUUUGAUUUCGUAAAGAUUAGCAGGUAACUUGUUACGUGAUAAUCAGUCUUGUGAGACUUAUUUAGUUACGUUAUAAAUGUCUACUAAGAAUAUAUUGCUAAUGUUGCUUAUUCUUAUUGACAUAUCUGGUAUUAGCCUUUCGCAUAAAUUAUUAUAAAUAUUUAGUUUACUGCUUCUACUUAAGAUUUUUACAUUUGACAAAAUUAUAUUUACUUACAAGUUACAACUAAUUUAUUAUACUUUUGUCUUGGUGCUUCGACAAAUGCAUUUCAUUUCUUCCAUCUUUCUAUCUAACUAUUUUUACUUCCGUAAUUAGAGUUAGUGUGGUAAUAUAAUUAAUUGUUUUUACAAUAAAGUUUUAGCUAUUUUUUGCAUUUUUAUCAGCUACAGUAUUUAUGGCGUAAAUAUUUAAAAUAAUUGUAAUGUCACUUUGAACUGCAUAAGUAUUUAUUGUUAGUGUUACUUAAUGAAAGUUAAAAUAUUUCAAACGUUUAUAAAUGUUUCUCUUAAUAAAUGAGGAUUAUAAUAAAUCUUAUUUGUAAAAAGUAUUAUCUUCCAUAGAUUUUUGCAAAAAAAAAACAUCUGUUUACUAUUUUAUCUUAAAAGUAUUUUCAUAAACCUACUUACUUGAUAUGUUUGUCUACCAUACUUUUGUAUCAUCCAUUAUUUUCAACAAAUCCCUUGUUUAGGAAAUGACCAAAUCGUUUUUUGUAAAAUAUUUAUAGUACUUAUAAAUAAAUUUUAAAUUCUCUCAAAACAAGAGUUAGUUCAACGCUUUAAUUCUGUACCAUACUUGGAAAACACUCCCACUCUAUACAAAAAAAAAAUAUAUAAGUACUUAUAUGAAAAAUAUAAAUUCCCGAAAUCUCCUUUAAGCAAAGGGCUCACUUGAAGAAGACACCGGGAUUUUUAUAUUUUAUCGCAAGAGUGAUGUUUAUCUUAGAUUAUAUCACGAUUGCAAAAUGUAGUGACAGGAUCGAAAACUGCGUUUAACUCCAAAACAUCAUCCAGUAGCGUACUGGUUAUAGUAUAAACCAACUCUUGUUUUUUAUAUUUAACAAUUCAUUUACUUCCAUAGUUAUGAUAUACUUAUCUACUUAUAAGAAUUGAAAUUAAAAUCAAAAUGUUGUAUCAAGUAAGUGAAUGUAUUAAAUGUUUAUUUGUAUUAAACUUAAGAAAUUGUAUUUUAAAUGUUUUGUAAACACAUAGCUGAUGAAAUAUAUGUAUGUAUUUGGAAUUCUAAAUCAUGUUUUAGAAAUUCAAAGAGACUUGACACAUUUAAAUGAAUGUACCUAUUUACUUAAGAUGAAAUUAAAAAUAUCAGUGUUUAGUGUUGUAUGUAAAUGUAUUUACAUGUAAGCUUAAUCUCAAAACAAAUUAUAAAUACAAACCAAAGUUUUAUGUAUACAUUCGAUUACAUAAUGGUUGGAAUCAACCACCAAUGGUUGUUUAAAAUAAAUGUAUGAAUAUAUUAAAAAAUAAUAAAUAAUCUUACAGUUAAGGGUAAA